AAGGCGGGACGCGUAGGGUAGAGGAUGGUGGACUAGCAGGAAUGGGAGCUAGUGUGGGUGAGAUGGACUGAGGGUGCGAGCGAGACGGGCAGGGUGGAUGCGGGCGCGGGACUGACGGCGCGCGGCACCGAGCGGAUGCGGCGCGGGAGUGUGUACAGUGUAAGCGAAGGCGUGGAGCGGUGCGGGUGCCCAAGGUAGCGAGGGCGCGGGUGCGGGUGCGGGUGCGGCUGCAACCAUGGCCGGCUGAUGGAGCCGGGCUGGUGGUCGCCCUCGCCGUCGGCCUCGCCGCCGCCGCCGCCCCGCGCCCCGCCGCCGCGCUGCCGCUGCCGACACCCGCUCUCCACCAGCUACAACUGCCUGCCGCACUAUGACGGCUGGCCAGAUGGCGAAGAAGAGUCCUCUGGCGGUGCGUUGCGAGAGCGAGAACUACGCUCGCUGCACCGCACCGUGCCCGCGCUGCGCCGGCGCGAGCUUGACACCAGGGCCAUCAAGCACCACUUCUACCCCGAAGGGGGGUGGGGGUGGAUCGUGUGCGGCGCAGCGUUCCUGGCGCACCUGUUGUCCACCGGCCUGCAACUGGCUUACGGCGCGCUCCACGUGUACGCACUCAGGCACCUCGGCCCUGGAGCGGACCACGCUGUUUGGGCGGGCGCGAUAUGCGUGGGCGUCUCGAGAGCGGCUGGAGCGCUGGUGGCUGGGCGGAAGAAGUCGCCCAGGCUCGUAGCGCUGCUGGGCGGAUUGCUACUGCCUCUCGCCUGCCUCUUCACCUCCUUCGCUACACAACUACAUCAGACCUUACUUAGCUACGGCGUAGUCCUGGGCAUAGGGUGCGGGCUGGUACGCGAAGCAGCUGGCCUGGUGCUGGGCGCGUACUUCCGCAGAAGACGGCAAUUCGUGGAGCUGGUGGCCCACGCUGGAGGAGGCGUCGGCAUUGCGCUCUUCAGCGUCGCCUAUAAAGAAGCUGUCGGAAAACUAGGUUGGCGACUCGGCCUGCAGGCGGUGACGGGAAUCCUCGUGCUAGCUUUCUUCCUUAGCGCCGUCUACCGCAGCGCGUCGCUCUACCAUCCUCAGAGGAGAGCCAUCCUCCAUCUCAAGAACCAACGCCGCAAGCAGGUGAAAGAAAAGAAAGGCCUUAAAAGGCCGCCACUUAUCGACCUAAGCCCCCUGAAUUCAAGACCUGCGAGAGUGCUACUGCUCUCAGCAGGAUUAGCAGCCUUCGGACUCUACACUCCAGUGUUUUUUCUGGCACUACAAGGGUUCCAAGAAGGCUUGGAGGAAAGCGCGCUGGUGCUGCUGCAGACCUUCCUCGGGUUCGCCGCGGUGCUGGGCUGCGCCGGCUUCGGGCUCGUGCUGGUGCGGCCCUCGGCCCAGUGCCUCGUCUCCAAGCAGUACCUGUGCCAGACCGCCAUGCUGGGCAUCAGCAUAUCAAUGUUGGCAUUAAGUAGCGUAGAAGGCUAUCACGGAUACGUUCUCUUCGCGUGGAUGUACGGCCUCUGUCUCGGAGGCUUUCUGUACUCCAUAAAAAUGCUCACAAUGGAACGCGUCCGCGGGCGACACUUCACGAAGGUUUGGGGUUUCGUGCAAGGUGCUGAAGCGAUUCCUGUUAUAGUAGGCGUUCCAGUCACAGGGUAUAUCAAUCAGCAAGCUCCAAGAGCGGGCUUCUACUUUUCGACAGCGGCGACCCUUGCGGGCGCUGUGCUGUUGUUCUUCGUGGGUUUCUCUAAGAGGGAGCCGGAGCCUCCGCCGGCUCCGGCGCCGACUAUCGCAGAGGCUUGUCCCUGUAUAACUCCUCCUCCGCGAUGCGAGCCGGCGUGGUGUGCUUGCAGCGCCGGCGGGGCGACAGCGUACUGCGGCUGGCCGGGGCCUACCUGUGGCUCACGGUUGCCCAAAUCGUUGUCAUAUGCGGCUCCGUUGGACAGAGUGUGUUGCUCAGCAGCUCACUGCCCUGAUUGUUGGAGGCGGACAAUUCCUCUUAGGCCGUCUCGGAGUGUGCCUGAAGGCUUAGCCCGACGAGGCAGCACGUGGAGUCGCGCUGGUUCUUGCCGCCAGGCCUGCCGCCGCCGCGAACACCACCUAAUCGAACAAAUCACGACCUCUGUAUGAUACCUGUGUAGAACUAUUAUGAACGGCUGCUAUUUCGAAAGUGUAAAGUGACAGUGUAAAUAUUUUGUUCCUUGGUAGAGGUUAUCGUGUCGAAGUGAUAGGAUAAACUUUGAAGCAAUAAUAUUGGAUUGAAUGAGUGUUCAGUGAACGAAACGUGGACGUGAUACAAGUUGAUGAGCUACUUCGUUACGUAGCAUUGUGUUCUACAACAAUGUGAUUUAAAAAGUAGUUAUCAUGUUUUCAGUUAAACCCUCAGUUCCCUUCUAUGAUCUGAGGUUAAACCUGUGCCAAAAUUGAUGAUGUAUCUAUGGCAUAUUUUACGUAAAAUACUUUAUCACUUUUACUAUACAACGGUAGAAGAUUGUAAGAUACCUAAUAGUUAACUUAUUAGCCCAUUUUUUCUUAACUCUUCAAGUACUUGUGGGACCUUUAUCAUUGUAGCUAAUACCUACUAACUUUUUAUCAAA